AUCGAUUACCUAGGUGUAUUACCAUUUUGUUAUUUGUUUCUUAUGGAUAAUGCUAAUUAAAAUUUUUUAUAGUAUUUGCAUUCAGUGUAUACGAAAUCUCGUGAUUACUACUUUUCUAAUAAAAUUAUUAUCUGUAUAUAACUAUAAUAAAUUUGUACGGCUGUAUUCAGAUUUACCAGUGCCGAGGAAGCCAUGAUGUAAUGUUAAAAUAUAGUGUUUGACAGUGACAGUUGUACAAUCAAAUUUUAACAGCUGAGCGUCAAAUAUAAAAGCUCAGUUGUAAAUUUUCUCAGUAAAAUAUAAUAUUUAGUAUGGGCGACGACGAAAUUAAUUCUAGUAAAAAAUGUGAAAAAAACAAAUAUAAUGUUAUUAUAAUUGGCGGCGGUGUGGCAGGUCUAGCCGCUGCUAAUCACCUUAACAAUAAUGGGAUGCAGGACUUUAUCAUAAUAGAAGCAAGAAAACGUAUCGGUGGUCGUAUUAUUGCAAUACCAAUGAAACAUCAUCGUGUAGAACUAGGAGCGAACUGGAUUCACGGCGUUUUAGGUAAUCCCAUAUACGAGUUGGCAACAGCAAAUGGACUUGUAAAUAUAAUCAACGUACCAAAACCACAUAAGGUUAUAGCAGCAACAGAGGAUGGGAAGCAAGUACCUUUCGGCGUCUUACAUGAAAUUCAUGAGGCUUAUGUGUGUUUUUUAAGGCGGUGCGAAGAGUAUUUUUUGUGUCAGUAUCUACCACCGCCCGAUAUUCACAGUGUGGGUGAACAUAUAAACCUUGAAGCAGCGAUAUAUCUUGAGCGAUUACCGUCGUCGGAGGAAAAAAAAUUGCGCCGCCUAAUCUUCGAUUGUCUUUUAAAACGUGAAACAUGUAUAUCUGGAUGUAAUUCAAUGGAUGAAAUUGAUCUCUUAGAGCUUGGUAGUUACACAGAGUUACAAGGUGGUAAUAUUCUGAUACCUUCAGGGUACAGUCGUAUUUUAGAACCGUUGACCAAGAAUAUUUCGCCAGAUAAAAUAAUGUCAAAUCAUCCAGUGUCUAAAAUAAUUUGGAAUACUAAUGGAAAUUCUGAUGAUUUUGGUGAUGAAUCGGAAGAUUCAGAUCAGACGGUUAUAGAGGAUAUCUCUAAAACAUCAGCCCCUGAUCAAACUGGUCAACUCAAUAGGCCUAGUGUAGAAUCAGAAGACAAGCCCAAGAAAAGGACACACUUAGUUGAGGUACACUGUGACAAUGGGGAAAGUUAUUAUGCUAAUCAUGUUAUAUGUACAAUUCCUUUGGGUGUACUCAAGGAUAGUGCCAGCACUCUUUUCGAACCGUCAUUACCUCAAUACAAAAUGGAGUCAAUAGAAAGGUUGUUGUUUAGUGCUGUUGAUAAAAUUUAUUUAGAAUAUGAAAGACCAUUUCUUAAUCCUGACAUAACAGAGAUCAUGUUGCUUUGGGAUAAUGCCUCGUCCACAGAAAGUAUGGCAGAUUCAUGGUAUAAAAAAAUAUACUCAUUUACGAAAGUAACAGAAACCCUUUUAUUAGGCUGGGUAUCAGGCAAAGAGGCUGAGUACAUGGAAACAUUAUCAAUGGAGGAGGUUGGAGUUACAUGUACUAAGAUAUUGAGGAAGUUUUUAAAUGACCCAUUUGUUCCGGAGCCUAUACUGUGUGUUUGUACUAGUUGGAAAAAACAACCUUACACACGUGGCGCAUACACAGCUAUAGGAGUUGGUGCAAGUCAGAGUGAUGUAGAAAGCUUAGCCCAACCACUAUUUAGGAAUGUACGUGAUAAAAAGCCAGUAUUACUCUUCGCUGGAGAGCAUACACACAGUAGCUUUUAUUCAACAGUGCAUGGGGCAUAUUUAUCGGGUCAAAUUGCAGCUCGGAGAAUACUGACUCCGGAUAUAGCACCAGAAAAUGAACUCGAAUGUCCCGGAUCAGCUGAUCUCAAUGCAUGGAUUCAAGGUGUACAGAUAGAAGGGUAAAGUUACCGUUAUCUAUGGAAACAGUUCUUUUUUUUUCAUGACAAUGGCAGCAGGCCUGUUAUAAUGUUUUUAUAGACUCUGUAGGAUGUGAUAGUAAUUAAUAUUUAUUUAGGUUUAUUGAGCCUUAUGGCAGCAUAUAAGACAUUGAUGAAAUUUUCAUACAAUAGCUUAUAGUUUAUGUGUUUAUAAUUUUGUACUAGUUUAACUAAAUUUUCUAAUGAGUUGAAUACAAUAUUCUAAUGUGCUAGUAAUUGAAAAAUGCUAUGAACAUACUUUAUUUAUAUAUUUUGUUAUUUUUUUAAGUGUAUGGGUAUAACUAUUUAUAACAUACAACAUUGCUCCUUUGUUUCGAUUGAAAUGUUUAAAUUUGUUAGUUUUGCAUAAUUUUUAUUUAUUUGAUAGCAAACUCACAUAAUAUAUAUAAUGCAAUAGUCAUAAAUGCUACAAUUAAGAUUAAUCCAGCUUCUAUUUGUAUAUUUAUGUCCAGUUCUGUUUCAGAAGUUAUGAAUGGAUAUCAUUUCGUAAGUUCAUGACUAGAAUUAUUUCUAUAUUUUAUUUAAAAUUAUCUCAAGUCGUAAUAGCUUAAACUCGAGCUUCAACUACAUGUUUUCUGGUUAAUUUAUAAAUUAGGCAUUUAUGUAAUAGAUAAGAUGUAGGUUUUUCAUUGAUGAGAAAUUAAUUCGGGCUCCACCCAAAACGUUUAUUAGAGUCGUGACGGUUUAAUUAAAGACUCUGUCUAGUUGCAAUAAGGCUUAUAUUUCAAUAGACAAACGUUCGCUUUAGCUCUCUAAUUUAUCUUGCUUCUGAAUUAAACGCCUUUCACCUUCAAGACCUCAUGUAUAGCUUUUAAAUCGUUCUAUAAAACAUUUAAAUAUCCGUUUAAGGUAACUUUUUUCAACAUGAGAAAUUUAAAAAUAAAUUUUGUCCGUUUUGAUGUUUGAAAUUUAUGUAUUUAUAUGCGUUAUAUUAAUAUGCGUUGAAUAUUUUGCAAAAAAAGCAAGCAAGAGAGUGCUAACAAUUAUCACAGAACGUCGGUUGAAACUUAAAAUGUCUUCCAUAUUAAACCUAUAUAACGUGAAGAGCAACGUUGAAAAACUUUUCAAAAAUUCGAGAAGAUUGCUUGCUUCAUUAACACAAUAUUUGUGACGUUAUUCCACAUUCAUAAUAUUAUGUUAUAAAAAUCUCUGCCUAAAAUAUAAUUGACUAAUAUUUAUUAUGAAUUUCAUUCUAUACAAAACAUUUUAUGAACUCGUGUUCAAUGUGUUCAUUAUAAUAGGGAUACAAAACAUAGGAUAUUCCCUAUGGCGUGGAACCAAUCAUAGAAAUAACUAGUUUUACGUGGUUUUCAUUAAUAGAUCACGCCUUGUAGAGUUGACACUUUUUUUUUCAAAUUUGUCACGGGGUUUAGAUAUUCAUAUUUCAAUCCAAUUUUGUCUGCUGAUAAGCACAUUCUUUUACUUAACGAAUGUAGAAAUGUUUAACUUUAUAAUUUUCAUGAAUUACCUACUUUUUUAGAGUAAAAAAUAUUAAAUUCUCUUUCGAAUGUAUGAGUUUGCGAUGAAAUAUGAAUAGAUUCACAUAGCACAAAAUCGAUUUCUUACGAUAGUUGGAUAUGCUUAUGUUAUUAAUAAUUAAUUAUUUGUACAACCAAUUAUGGACUACACAAUGUGUAUUAUAUGUACCAAAGCUAAUUUUUUUACUUAAUGAUUUUUUAUUUAUAUUAUUGCACUAAAAACAAUAAUCCAAAUCUUAUGCAAACACUUUUGUUUUUGAAAAAUGAUAUUCCAAAAUGAUAUUCCAUCUGGAAUGCACAGUGUAAUUGUGAAUCGCAUUCAGCGAUGUUAAUAGUGAUACAUAUUAGCUACAUACAUUUACACAUAAAUAUUAGGAAUUAUGUUAUGAAAUUUAUUUCAAAUGACCUGCUGUUCAAUUUUCUAGUCAGGUGCAGGUUUUGUAAUGCUUAAA